CUUGAAACGGUCAGUAUAUGUGCAACCGUAAUUUAUAAAACGCUUUUUGUGGUUUUUGUAUGUGUGAAGUAUUAACAAUAAUGUUGACCUAUGAAAUGUUUAAUAAGUUCAAUAAUAGAAUAUUGCUUUUAACAUUAUUAUCAUCAACAAUAGUCACUGUUCAGCCACAAGGUAUCCUAUCAUUUUAUAACUCCCUGGCUAAAAAUAGUAACCAGUACUUUAGUCUGCUGAGGAACAGACAAGAAGAAUCACUAAAUUUAGAUUUAGAAUAUGACUUCAUCAUAGUCGGAUCAGGCUCAGCCGGUUCAGUUCUAGCAAAUAGACUCUCAGAAAUAGCGGAAUGGAAAAUAUUACUUUUGGAAGCUGGGCAAAAAGCCGCUGCUUUUAAUCAAAUACCAAUUUCAGCACCGGUGUAUCAGGUUGUAGGCGACUAUAACUGGAACUAUACGAUGGAGAAACAGGAAGGUUUCUGUCUAGCCAUGGAAGAUCAGCGAUGUGCAUGGCCCAGAGGUAAAGCUCUAGGAGGCACCACUGUGUUGAAUUAUAUGAUUUAUACUAGAGGACAUCCUGAGGAUUACGAUCGAUGGGGAGAAGAUAAUCCUGGUUGGUCGUACCAUGAAGUUCUACCGUACUUUCUCAAAUCUGAAAAUUGCAACAUGGAUGAGGAAAAAUGUGAUAGCUAUUUUCAUAGCACUGGCGGAUUGUUAAAUGUAGAAGAACCAUAUUCUAGUGAAUUGGCUGACUAUUUCAUAUCAGCUGGAAAAAAUAUGGGAUAUAAGGAGGUGGACUAUAAUACCUAUGAUAUACUGGGAUUUUCUAAAAUGCAAGCGACACAAAAAUUCGGAAGAAGACAUACUGUUGCUUCAGCUUUCAUAAAACCAAUAACUGAUAGGGAAAACUUGAAAAUUUUAGAAAAAGCUAAGGUUACUAAGAUUCUAAUCGAUCCAAAUGAAAAAACAGCUUAUGGAGUCGAGUUUACUAAAAAAGGCAAAUUGUAUACAAUAAAGGCAAGAAAAGAAGUUAUUCUUUGUGCAGGAGUUUUAAACUCGCCUCAACUUUUAAUGCUAAGUGGUGUAGGACCAGAACAACACCUUAAAGAAAUUGGUAUAUCUCCUAUUAUACAAGAUCUUCCAGUAGGGCAGAAGCUCUACGACCAUAUAGCUUUCGCCGGAAUGAUCUUUCUAAUCAACAAGAGAAUCGAACCUUUAUCCAAAUUUUACGAACCCAGAUCUGCUUUGAGCUGGUUGAUGAGAGGAAAAGGAUUUUGGACAUCAUUAGGAGGAAUAGAAGCCUUGGGCUAUAUAAGUAUAAAAAACGAAACACGCCCGGACAUAGAACUCCUCCUAAAUGGCAUCGGUUCACUUCAAUUUGACAGGGGCGUAUUCUCACGUCCCGAACUGCGAAUAACCCGGGAAUUCUAUAGGGAAUACUUCAAACCGUUGGAGUCCCAAGGAGUGUUUUCCAUCAUGCCGAUGAUUCUGCAUCCAAAAUCUUACGGAUAUUUAAAAUUACGUUCUAAGAGCCCUGAUGAUCCGCCUGUGUGCUACGGAAACUACCUGACAGACCCGUAUCAAGAAGAUUUAAAACUGUUUUUAAGCAGUAUCAGGUUUAUGCAGAAACUAGUUGAAUCAGAUGAGUUUCGGCAGUUAGAUACGGCAUUGUACAGUACACCAGUACCGGGAUGUGAAAAUUUUAUUUUCGACACCGAUGAAUAUUGGGAGUGCGCUAUAAGACACUUGGGACUUACCUUGCAUCAUCAGAUUUCUACUUGUAAAAUGGGUUCAGGCCCGGAUUCAGUGGUUGAUAACAGAUUAAGAGUUCAUGGGGUGGGAAAUUUGAGAAUAGCAGAUACUAGUGUAAUCCCGUUGACUCUAUGCGCGCACACCAGUGCUCCAACAAUUAUGGUGGGAGAAAAGGCAAGUGAUAUUAUUAAAGAGGACCAUGGAGUUAGUGUCGGAAAAUGAGAAGACAAAUUUCAGAGUUGAAAUUUAAUGAUAAUAGAAGAGUAUAAUUCUAUUUUAAAUAAUGU